AUGGAGGAUAUGCCGGUGGGUUUUAGGUUUUAUCCGACAGAAGAAGAGCUCGUGUCGUUUUACCUGGGAAACAAGCUCCGAGGAGAACGACCGGAUAUUGACCUUGUUAUCCCUGUCGUCAACAUUUAUCUGCACAGACCAUGGGACCUCCCACAGCUCGCCGGAGUGGCUAGCUAUGGAGACGACGAGCAGUGGUUUUACUUCAUGCCGGGGCCGGAAAACAUGGCCCGAGGAGGAAAACCGAACAGGCUGACAACAGAAGGAUACUGGAAAGCCACCGGAACUCCCCUUCUUGUGUUCUCCUUAAACAAUCAUCGAGUUAUUGGGGAGAAAAGGACCAUGGUGUUUUACACCGGAAGAGCUCCAAAUGGAACAAAGACUGAAUGGAAGAUUAAUGAGUACAAGGCUGUCCAUGGUGAAGCUUCAGCAUCCGCUCCCCUUUCAGAUUUAGAGCUACGCCAAGAAUUCAGCCUGUGCCGCCUCUACAAGAAGCCUAAGUGCGACCGAGCAUUUGAUCGCCGGCCGUUGGGCGGUGUUACUGCAGUUCGGCGAAGAAUAGCACACCAGCCGCCGCAAGAUAGCGUUCAAACGGCAGCAAUGACAUUACCGCAGAUGGAUAAUAAUCCUCCUGCAAAUGAGAUGAUCGGUGCCGGGAAUAGCUCGCCGGCGGGAGACGCCGUUAUUCCUUCUAAUAAUGCCAUGGGGACCCAAGUAUUUUGGGAUAACUUUACACCUAUAUGGGAUUGGGAAGACUGCUUCAAUCUUCUUUGAGACUUGGUCUAUUACCAUAAUUGUCCAACUAUAGUAAUUUUACCAUUUAAGUUUUAAUUUUAUCCGGCCAGUCAUAUUUUUCACUAUCAAAUUUGUACUUAUUUUAGUGAUCUGAAGGGUUAAAAAAUAUGCUGGAAUUGAGAUGAAACAAUGCCUUCAGAAAACAAAAAUAGAUACAAAUUUGAUAGUCAAAAAUAUUAUUGAAUGGAAUCAAAAAUCAAGAACUAAAGUGUUGAAAUCACUAUACUAGAGAACCUUAAAUACAAAAAUAUGAGUAUAGUUUUAGUCUAUUUCUUGUUGACUUGACAAUCGAAUAACUGAUAACUUCAUGCCAUUUUGAAGGAUUGAAGUUUAGGUCAGUAGAUCGAGUAAAAUGGCUGGAAAACAACUAUGUUAUUAAGAAUUUCAAUGUUUUAAAAUAAAUUUAAGGUAUCUCUGUUUGUGU